UGGUCUUUCGGCAGCUUUUAUUCAAGAUGGCCGAGUACCGCUUGCUCUUCUGACUUUAACAUUGGCCAAGGAUCACGGGCCCUUCUGCACCUGGAUCACGUGUCGGCUCCAAUGCCUGGGCUGACUUCGAGCAUCGACCUGCAGAUCUAUGUGCCAGGUGUUGCGGUGGUGAAUAUUUCCAUCGAUGACCAUGAGGAUGUGCUAGCGCUGCUGCGCUGUGCCAACACGGCGCUGCGCGGCAGAGUAAAACACAAAGUGGUGCAGCUGCUGCCGCCGCUUGGGUGCCGCUUCCUGCGCCCGGACCUGCCGCUGCGCCGCUGCGGCCUCCGCUGCGGGGACGUGCUGAGCGCGCCGAAGCGCGCUGUGCCGGAGGUGACGGUCACAGACACCGCCUUCGCGGCCCUCAGCCAGGGCGCCGUUUGCGCACCAGGCUGCGAACCAUCUAUCCUCGAGCAGCUGCAGAGCGGCGUGGUCGAAGUCACCGCCACCAAUGCAGCAUUUGCGGCUCUCAAGGAUGACGGCUCUGUGGUUUGCUGGGGCGCCCCGUGCGCACGUCAGCUGCAGCAGGUGGUCCGGGUCUUUAGCGCGGGCCGCGCCUUUGCAGCGCUGGACGUGCACGGCGCGGUUUGGUGCUGGGGGGACCCCAACUGUGGUGGAGAGCCGGGCGAGGCCUUCUCACAUCUUCAGUCCCAAGUGGAGCACGUCUUCGCCGCGGGUUCCGCCUUCGCCGCGCUGAAGCGCGGCGGGGACGUGGUGUGCUGGGGCGACGUGCUGGGCGGCGGCCAAGCGCCGAAGCUGCAAGGCGUACGGCACGUGUACUCGACAAAGGGUGCCUUUGUCGCGAUCAAAGAGGAUGGGGAGGCGGUCGCCUGGGGCUCCAGCGUGGAUGGGGCUGAUCUGUCUCGGGUCCGCGAGGGGCUGCAGCAGCGAGGCGUCAGGGACAUCUACUCCACCGACUCAGCCUUUGCAGCGAUCACCCCUGACCGCGGCUUGAUCACCUGGGGCAGCGCCCGGAACGGCGGCUGCGGCCCGGGAGACGAGGCCGUCCACCAACGAGGUGGUGUGACGCAAAUCUGCAGUGCAUCGUGUGCUUUCAGCGCGCGCUGCGCCGAUGGCUCUGUCCUGUGCUGGGGCAUUGCCGAGUGGGGUGGCGACUGCCGGGCCAUCAGAGAAGAUCUUCUGGAGGUGCGAUUCCUCUACUCCGCGCGCCGCGCCUUCGCGGCGCUGCGGACGGAUGGCCGCGUGCUGUGCUGGGGGGACCCGGCCUCGGGCGGCGAUGCUGAGAAGGUGCAGUCCCAGCUGGAAUGCGACAUCGCACAUGUGUACCCCGGCGCAAGCGCCUUCGCUGCAGUCUCCUUGGAAGGCCAGCUGGCGACCUGGGGCCGCACCGGCGAAGCGGCGCAACUGAAGACUGGAUUCGACCAUAUCUAUGCCUUCGGGAAUUCCUUCAUUGCCUUCACAACAGAUGGCGAUGGAAUGAUGUGGGGCGAUAUUGGUCCUGCAGAAUUAAAUCCUUGUUGGCGCAGCUCUUUUGCCACGCUUGAGUCCUUGUAAAAAAGGGGCUACCCGGAU